AUGAAGCUAACCGACCAGGACCUACGAAUUCUUGAGUUCGAGACGUACGAGCAAUACCUCGAGUCGUUAAUCGAUGGCAAGAGCCUCCAGUAUUUCGGUGAUCGGGAAAAUUUAAUCAGCCUGUAUCGAACGGGCUACAGAGCACUCACAAAGGAAGCAUUUGAGGCACAGCGCAACUUCCUGCAGGUAGCGAAGGAUCCCAAUACACUGUUCAGCCGUAACAUCGUGCCCAAAGAUACGCUACUCCAGGAGCUGGCGGAAAGGGAACGUCCUAAUCGUUUGGGUCUAUUGUCGACAAUCAUCUACAUCCGGUGCAUGAAAAACUCGGUGGAAAUCUCGGGCUACAUCGACUACGAGGAAGGCCUCCGACGGGUGCACCGCGAUCAGCAGUACUCCAACGACUGGCGGGCGAUCUUUGAGGGACGUACCGUGCUCUACCCGACCCCUGUCGAUCUCCUGUACUAUAACGCCAAGACGGACCGCAGCUGGAAGAAUAACACGCGCAACUAUCGGAUCCUCUUUGACCCGCGGCGUGGCAUCAUCUUCCGCAACAUGCACGAUCGCAAGGACAUCCAUCCGGAUCCGGUGGCCAGCUUCUACGGUACCAACACGAGUCGCACCGAGGUGCCGAGCGAGCUGUACGAGCAGGCCGUCCUAUACGAUCACGUCGUGCGGAAGAACUACUAG